UGUAUCACGAUGGUCUCCCAACGUAUCUUUCGAGUGAUCUCGAAACUAUUCAAAGACGAGCAAUGCGAAUCAUCUACCCCACAGAAUCUUACGAAGAUGCCCUUGUAUUAUCAGGUCUAACUUCCCUAUUCCUACGGCGCCAACAGAUUACUAACAAAGUCUUCCUAAAUAUUAUGAACGAUGAUGCACACAAAUUACACGAACUACUGCCUGCUAAAAACAAUAUCUCGCUUAAUUUACGGAAAAAGUCGAAAUUCAAUAACCCAAGAGUAAAAACGAACCGUUAUAGAAAUAGUUUUAUCAUCAGUAAUUCAAUUAAGGCAUAAUUAACAAUAGUAUUAGGCAAUCUAAGUAUAAACACGAUCAGUUCAAGAACUGUUUUAAACAAUGAACCAUUUCAGAAAUAGUUUUUACCGUAACCUAAUUUAGGCAUAGUUAGCAUCUAGGUAUUGUAUUUUCUAACUUGUACAUAUAUAAUGCAUAGUGGAAUUCUCCAACAUGUUUUAAGAUCCUCUCUUUUAUCAAUUCUUGUAAAUUUUACUUAAUUCAGCUUAUGGCUGCAAUGUAAAUUUCAAUAAACUAUCUAUCUAUCUAUCUAUCUAUCUAUCUAUCUAUCUAUCUAUCUAUCUAUCUAUCUAUCUAUCUAUCUAUCUAUCUAUCUAUCUAUCUAUCUAUCUAUCUAUCUAUCUAUCUAUCUAUUAAGGUAAACCUAUUCCAAAUACAUUUUUAAACUAUUCAAAUGAUGAAAGUUAAUGUUGUUUUUUAAGAGUUUAUUAACGAGUGGGAAACACCAACAUGGCCGCCAUCUAUUCAAAUGGGGGUAACCGCUGGAAUAUUUUUGGCUUCGAUUUUACUAAGAGAUGCGCUAUCUAGUCUAUAUAAGAUAUCUAUGGUUAAGAGGCGCCAUUUGUGGCAUGCAAUUGAUCGCUGUUUCACAAUCUAUAAGUUAUUUAUUAAUAAAGUUAGUUAUAAGACUUUAAAACUAUAAUUUGAACUACUAUUUGUUGUUGAUAAUUAGGUUAAGGAGAAAGCUGAGCAACCAGUAAGCCAACAAAAAGCCUCAAGGGGCGUGUCCAAACAGAAGGAGGAAUAAACAGAAAUAGACUGCGCCGGGGGAUGCACAGGUGAAAGAAGUACCAUCUCCAGACCCUGUUGAGCCAACAGAAUAUAGUCCGUGUGUUGUGAACCGAUGUCGUUCACUUUCAUUAAGCAUGUCUUAGAUCUGAAAUAUUUUAACUAAUAAUUUAAUAUUUGAACUAACACUUUCAAGCACGCUGAGUUCAAAUCCGAAAGUUCUCGCUCCGUAGACCCGCAGUUUUCUCACAAAAUGCUAUUUUAUUUUCAAUAAUUUCACGACAAAUUUUUCAUUGUUCAACGACACGGAUCGAUGACGAUACACGAUUAUGUCACUCAAAAGGACCAAUUUCUUUUAACAAAAGACCGGUUUUGCUCGAAACAUUUUGAGUUAUGUAAUCUUAUGCGUGUUGGACGUAAACAACAUAUCUUGUCUACAACUUUGAGAAAGUACAGAUAACGCUUUCUAAAAUCCCCAGUUCUAGAGAUAUCUCUAUAUAAUCACAAGGACAUUAAUGUGAAGUCUUUUGGCUAUGUCACUGGCCUGAAAAAUAACUCUUUUAACGCGAUCAAGGUAUUUAAAACAAAAGUAACGCGAAGCCAACGUAACGGCAAAGACAACGCUAAAAUGAAAUAUUGUCUAUUGGUUGCUGGUAGAACACUUACGACAGGAUCAAUCUUAGAUAACCUUAAACUAUAAGAAUAGAUGUUCAUAUCAAAGACAAAGAUUAGUCCCAAAGUAUAAAAUAUGCUCUGUAAACUUACGACGAAGUGGGGGGACAUGCGUGCAUGAGCUGUUUAUUUGGUGAUUUCAACGUAUAUCGAAGCCCUCUUUCCAAUAAUAUUCGCUUAUCGCACAGCAUAACACCAACUGAUGUAAUAGUUCAAAUGCAAUGAUAAGUUAUCUCUUGAAUUACGUCUCGGAAACUGUGUUGGAAAUUUAAAUGCUGAUCCAUUACAUACGAUUACCGUUUUACAUCUUUGUAUAAAAUAUUUUGAUCGCAUGUAAGGAAUUAUUUCUUAGCCCAGAGACAUAGCCCAAAGACUUUAACGUCCUUGUAAUUUUAUAGAGAUAGAACUAAGGAUUUUAGAAAGAAUUAUCUGUACCUUCUCAAAGUUGUAGACAAGAUAUGUUGUUUACGUUCAACACGCAUAGAAUUGCAUAACUCAAAAUGAUUCGAGCAAAACCGGUCUUUUGUAACUCAGGGUGUUUGAAAGUGUUAGUUCACGUAAAAAUAUUUCAGAUCUAAGACAUGCUUAAUGAAAAUCGUUUGCUAGGCACUUUUCGUGGUCACAACACACGGACUAAUAUGGGUCUCUGGAGAACAUCUCUGCAGAGAAUAGGUGCCAGCAGCUCCUAGCAAUGCAUCCGUGCUUCACGAUCAUGUUGAGGUAUAGGUUUGACAUCUCAUCUUUUCUGUGCACAAGAAAGGCUAACCAACUUUCUAUUUGUAUAUUUGGUCUAGCUUACUUUUUGUCUUACUAUAUUUGGUCUCCCAAAUACCCUUUGGAAUACCAAAGUUUAAAACCGUGGUAUGUUUGAGUAUAUAUAUAAGAUUGGAAUAAUAUUCUCACUCAUAUAAAUAUAUAAUACAGUACAUAUAUAAUUUAUAUUCUUUAGAUAAUUGAGGAAACAAGAAGAAUCUUGAAUCUCGAUUGUGUUGCACGAUGCCAGUUCGUAGAUGAGAGUGUCAAGCGCCUGUUGUCGGAAAUUGACUUUUUAGUGUUUAAAUUUAUGGUAUCAUCAAAAGAAUAACUCCUCCACUAAGUCCAAAAAUAUGUAAGUAUGCUUGGUUAAGUCCAUUAUAAUUCUAAAAGUAAACCAUUAAGUGGCAAGAUCCUCCCCUUGACCAUUAGUAAAAAUGUCUGGCUUUAGACAGACUAAAUGAAUAAAGUAUCACAAUAAUGGCUACUAACCCUUUUACUUGCAAUAUGUCAAGGGGAAAGAGUCUUGUUACUACGUGGAUAAAUAUUUCCACAAUUUCUCUUGCUGACCCAUUGACUGGAAAUAUACAUUCUCUACUUUGCUAUUUUAUUCUCACUGUUUCAAGAAUCCCCCCUUGACAGGUAAAAUCAUCUGCAUGUCUUUCUAGAAAGAGUAAGAGAAUAAAAUCUAGCACAUUGCAAGGUUAACAGAAAUACAGAGUUGAAUUUAACGUUUAGUGCGGGAAUUGAUGAUCGCAGACCACGAAUAUUUCUUUCGCCUUUUCAGGACGUCGCCGAGUACUUUUGAGGUUUCACUCUCAUGGGUUGCGCCCUUAAAUUUAAUUUAAGGCGGAGAGACUAAGCGUAACACUUCGCUAUCUUGUCGCGGGAGCCGCUCAAACAACGAUUGAAGCCAGUUAUCGCAUUAGCCUGACAACAGUUGGCAGAAUUAUCGAGGAGUGUUGUGCUGCUAUAUCGCGAGCUCUUUCCGAACAAGGCUUCUUACACGUCCCUACCAAGUCAAUGAGUGGUAUAUUGGUUACUAUAGCAACAACAAAUGUAUAAGUGACUGAUUUCGUGUCAGCCUCCCAUAUUCUAUAAUGUUGGAGUAAAACAUGAUGACCAUGCAUGUUGACCAAUCUCGUAUAUAAUGUUCCCAAAUAUGUGAACAACUUUUUCGAUUGUUACGGUCCAUGACAACGUUUCCGCCAUUGUUAACUGUUCUCUUAAAGGUAUUCUUGAAAAAAUUCACAAAUUCCAAUUAUUUCAAGCGAUGAAUCGGACGAGAGUAUUGUUUUUCCAAGGUUAAAGAAAAGGCUUUUACAGACAAAAGAUGCAACUGACAAACCUUUGAUUUCGCCAGUCAGGAGGCCAUUACGAAAACAAUCUUGGAAAGCAGGAAUGAUGCAGUUAAACUGUCAAUUAAAUUUAAAAUUUGGGACGACAAUGACAUAGUUUUUUUUUUAACUGAACAUCGGUCUCAUAUGCAUUAGUAUAAUGAGACAUAUAUACGGACAUGCCUUGAAUUGUACAUAUAAAUAUUUUCUGGUUAGAUCAAGCCAUUAUUGAUUCAACUUUUUAAGCUAUUUAUGUACCAAGCAGGUCUUGCUUACAUGGCCAUGCAGCUUGUCAUUUGCAGCAUGCGAGAGAGGCUUAUUAUGUUGAUUCUCUUAGGGGCCUGUUCAUAUGAGCCACGUUAGCCACGAUGAAUCGUUGUGCAAUUGAUGUCAACCGAAGAGUGGUGUACCAUUCCUUGGAAACUGGUGGCGGCUAUGAAGCGCUGUCAUCAUUUUGUAGCGUCAUGAAUAUGCCUUGCAUGUCAAAACAGGCCUACUAUAAGCAAGUUGAUGUUAUUCUUGAAGCACAAGAAAGUGAAGCUCUGGCAGAGUUGUUGAAAGCUGGGAAAAAUUGAGAAACCUCCUCGAUGUGGAGAAUGAUACUGAUUCUUCAUUGGACGAAGAUACUAACGAGGACCGUAAUGACCCUCUUGAUGUCACUGUUAGUUUCGAUGGAACGUGGGCAAAGAGAGGAUUCACUUCACUGUUUGGUGUUUUCUUUGUUAUGUCUGUUGAUACCAGAGAGGUAUUGGAUUACCAUGUGUUCUCUAAAUUUUGUCAAAAGUGUUCGAAGAAAAAGAAUGAGUGCAAAGAUGAUUUAGAAGAAUUUGAAGCAUGGAAAGCCGAGCAUAUUACUAAUGGAGAAUGUGACAUAAAUUUCGAAGGAAGUUCCCCUGCCAUGGAAGCUGAAGCUGCACAAGUUCUCUGGAAUAGAUCUAUUGAGAAACAUAAUAUGAGAUAUAAAUUCAUGGUAUCUGAUGGGGAUAGUAAAGCAUACAGCGCUGUAGAGGACACCUAUGAUGGUGUUAAAGUUGAAAAAAUUGACUGUGUUGGUCAUGUGCAAAAACGGAUGGGGAAGCACUUACUGAAAUUGAAGAGCUCUACCAAAGGGAAGUUAGAUGAUGGUAAAACCAUUGGAGGAAAAGGAAGAUUGACUGAUGCCAAAAUAAAACAGUUACAAAGAUACUAUGGCCUUGCUAUUCGCCAGAAUAUUGUCACAAAGCCAAACCCAACUGACACCGAGGUUAACGUUGCUGUUUACACCAUGAAGAACAUAAUUGCAACAUUGAGCCACAAUGUGAAAGCAGAAAGUAUAGAAGCUCAACAUCGAUACUGCCCACCUGGAGAAAAUUCAUGGUGUAAAUGGCAACAAGAUAAGGCAACUGGAACAAAGACCUACAAGAACGACAACUUGUUACCAUCAGUUUACCUGGAUGUUUUGCGGCCUGUAUUUAUGACACUCAGUGAAACAAAUCUUCUUAGUAGAUGUGUCAGAGGUGCCACUCAAAACCGAAAUGAAUGCAUCAACUCUUUGGUUUGGAUUCGUUGUCCAAAACAUAAAUUUCAUGGCAGGAAAAUAGUUCGGUUUGCAGUAGCAUCAGCCGUAUGCCACUACCAUGGUGGUGCAGUUUCUAGGACAAAAGUGAUGGAGAGACUGUCUACACCAGGAGGGCAGCAUACAGAGAAGUCUUGUCAUUCUAAGGACAGGAAAAGAGUGGCUAAGUCAGACCUGCAGGUAUUGGAAAAAUUUAAACGGCGCCGUGAAGGAGUUCAACAAUUGAGAACACAAAGGGAAGAAGCUUUAAGGGAUGCAGAAGGAGUGACCUAUGAGGCAGGAGGAUUCUAGAAGGCAACUUUGUAUUCAGUGGUAAGUACUGAAAGUUUGAAUAUCGCAUUAGGGCCACUAUAUUGAAUAUUUAUGUACUUUACACAUUGUUUUUCCAUGUCGAAACUUUAAAUGUAGAUUUCUCGAACAUGUAUAUUUUCGACUCUGGGUUAAGAUAUCUUGGCAACGGUUAGACCAAUCUGGCUGAAAUUUUCAGUGUUGAUAGAGCUCACUUUGGUGAGUAAAUUGAGUAAUAGAAUUUGUCAUAGGGUAUAAUGCAACCAUUUGGGAAAGGAAAAUAUGUCAAAAUUUUCCUCAUAAAUUUAACCAAUAGUUUGGAAUGAUUUUGCAAAAAAACUACUUGCAAUAUCAAAAAUGCCAUUACUUAAUUUAAUCUACCUCCUUUGUAGUGCACAAAAAGCACAUAAAAGUAGACAUGAGUUAAAACCAUCAAGAGAUAUCUUGAACCCAGCGUAAGGCAAUUUUGGUGAAGAAUAGUUAGAUUCAAAGUAUGCUAUAAUCGUAAAUAUAUGAGGUAUGGGAAUGAAAUUAGUAUAUUUGAACUCCUUGUCUAAUAAGCUUUCUAGUGAUAUAUAGUUUUGUGCAGUUAGCACAAACAGAUGGCAAGUAAUAGGUUUGUGAAAUGGGAGAGUCCGAAAUCUGUCAUUUCAGGUAGAACCCCACAUUAAGUUUGAGGGAAGCUCGCCAGCUAUGGAAGCAGAAGGAGAAUUGGUUGUCUGGGAGCGAUCGAUAAGUCACCACAACCUAAGAUAUCGACGCAUGGUUUCAGAUGGUGACAGCAAAGCACAUAGCUCUGUGUACACAGACUGCAAAGUGGAGAAGCUAGACUGUGUGGGUCAUAUACACAGGCCUAUGGGAAAACACCUACUAAACCUGAAAGCCAACACAAAGGGAAAGUUGGAUGAUGGAAAGACAAUUGGUGGGAAAGGUCGUCUUACAGAGGUGAAGAGAAAAAAAACUAUAGAAGUACUACGGCCUCGCUAUUCGCCAGAACACCAUUUCUAAGCCUUCCCCGUCAGAACAGGAAAUUAAUGUGGCAGUGUUAUCAGAUGAAAAACAACAUAAUUUCAACUCUUCGCCAUAAUGUUUCGUCUGACAACCGGGCCAAGCAACACAAGUAUUGCCCCCGAGGUGAAAAGUCAUGGUGCAAAUAGCAACAAGAUUUGGCAACAGAAACAUCAACUUAUAAGGGGAAUGCAUGCUUGCCUUCAGUAUUUUUAAAAGUCUUGAAGCCUGUAUUUACUACUUUGAACGAAACUGAACUGCUGAAAAGGUGUGUACUUGGAGCAAUUCAAAAUACAAAUGAGUCACUAAACGGUUUGGUCUGGUCUCGAUGCCACAAACGCAAGCAUCAUAUGGAGCAAAAACAGUCCAAUGUGCGGUUGCCUCUGGUGUUCUUCAGUUAAACUGUGGAGGUACAAACAGGGCGAAAAUAAUGGCAGAGCUCUCAAUUCCUGGUGACACAUUGACAAAAAAGGCCUCAACGGUGAAAAAUAGAAAACAUGUUUCCCAAGCUGAUUUACUAGCAACAGCGAAAGAGAAAAAGAGGCGUCAAGGCGAGAACUUAUUUCGUACUAGAAGGGAAGAAGCAUUGAAGGAUGCUGAAGGUACCACAUAUGAAGCUAGUGCCGUCUAAUUAUCUUCAGUAAGACUUUGAUUUUGAACUUAGGUAUAUAGACCUUACAUUUACUCAUUGUGAACAAUCCCGAAACUUUGAAGCCGUUUUCUCAAAAUCGCACAUUUUACCCUUAGAGAGAAAAAAUAUCUCUGGAACAAUUAAACCAAUUGACAUGAACUUUUCCGGUUGUUCAAUGCUGGGUUAACGCUAACACUGGCACAGCUGUAUCGAGUAUACAACACGUGGGUGAAGGUAUUCCCUCAGAUAUAUUUUUAUCUUUUCAAGGUACUAAAAGUACCUUCUGGUUUAGGUAUUAUUUGUAAAUCGGAAAUAUUUGUCAUAAUUCAAAAGUGUUUGAUAUCAUUUAUCCCUUAUAAUAUUUCCUUAAUGUUUCUAACUUGUUUUAAAGUGCUUAUGCCACAAAAUGUUUUUUUGACUUUUGAGUAGAUUCAGUUUUCUCUUUUCAUUCGCGAGAUAUGCGGCUCUAAACCUUGAAAAAUUGGCUUUUAGCGAAAAAUUGUCGCGCCCGAGAAAAAACCCGGAAAGGGUCAGGGGCGACCGCCGUGCGCCGUCGCUUAAGGGACGGAAGUUCGAAUUCACAUGUGAAGGAGUACUAAAAAGCUAUUGAAAAGACAGCAAAAUUGGAAGAUAGAUGUGUCGUUUUUGGUUGCUCAAACCAUGCAAACGCAGAGAAAGGGAUAUCUCUUCAUCAGAUUCCAUUCUGGAACGAUGAGCGCCCUGAAGCAAAGCGAAUGAGGAAGAUAUGGAUGAACUUUGUCGCGACAAAGCGUGCAAAAUGGACGCAAAAUGUUCAUUCUGCAAGCGUGAGGGGCAGGGAUUUUGAUGACAAGUGCAUAAUAUAGGGCUGACCAUAGGCAUAAGUUGUAAGUUUAUGAAAUGUUAAAGAUGCUGUAAAGUCCGUUCUGCGCAUCACUUCUGCUCACAACAAAGUGGGACCCGCAGAUAUAAACAUUGCCCAAAUUUUGCAUUUUUUUAACUUUUUUGAAUUGGAACGUAGAAUUUAUAUUCAUUUACAAGCAUAGCGAUUCUGUUCCUGAAACAGCGAGGAGUGGUAAUGAAAUCCACAGUUUUGGUCCAUGAAAUAGAAUACUGAACUUUAAUGUUCGUUCUAGUUUGAUAAUCAUCCGCUUGUCUUGGGUUACACAUAUGUAUUUGACUACGUGUAGUAAAUAGCGUGUUGAAUGAAGAUGGUAAAAAAUGGUUAUGAUAUAGAAACAUAAAUUUAGCGGUAUAAAACGUAUUUAUUUGGUAAAUAUACGUAUUUAUUUGGUAAGAAUCUGGUUCUAUCUCGACGAUCCGUGGCGAUUGGCAGCUAGUGUGGGCAACCGUGAUUUUCUAAUGGAACCGAGAAUCGUCGAUCGCCCAUGGCCAUGUUCAGACAUAGUUCAAACUUUGAACUUCGAGUUCUGCCAGUUCUGUCCAUUGUGUUUGUAAAUGUUGGUAAAAAUAUGAACUAGUUUGUCUUGAUUGUAUUUACAAGUUUUCGUCUUUUUAUUGGUUAGGCGAGAAAGAAAGUCAAAAUGAUUCUGGCUGAAGCAUCUUCGUCGUAUGAAGAUAAACUCGAGUAUGAUGUCAAGUCGAAAAAUGACACAGAUGAGAUGUCAUCUGAUGCUAUUGAAACGACCAUUAUACACAUCCAUGAUCCUAAAAAUAUAAGAUCCUUUACGUAAUUCGGCCAGGUAAGGCUUUGUUUAUAAAGUGUAAACUAUAAAUCAUGCUAGUACAUUACAAUUAUACUUUCAGACGUUUGUUGACAGUGAAACCCAGACAGAGGAAUGUGUAAGAUGCAAAUGUCUGUCCACAAAAAAACAAAAGGCUGAGGAGCAGUUUGAAGACGGAAAAGUUUAAAUUGACAAAAGAAAGAUUUGCACAAGAGACUAAUCAAGGUAUUUACUAAUGUCAAACUAUAAUUUUCUUGAGCCCUCAUAGGCCCUAAAUAACCUCAAGUUAUCGAUGGAAUAGUGGUUGGAUAAAAUAGCAAAAUAACAUGCCGUUACCCUCACAUGCCCUCCACAUCUGUUUAGACGAUACCAACGAGAACUGCCCGGAACAUGAUACAGACACAGAUAAUGACUAUUAGACUUGCCACAAGUCGACCAUGGGGGAGGAAGGGCGCGGGGGAGGGAACACACGACCCGAGCGACGAAGUCGCGAGUGGUCGACUUGUGUCCCUUGCAGGAAUUUAAAUCGCAUUAAAAAGUUUGGCGCGAAUAAUUUUGACAUAAAAGGGGUGUGUACAUUUCAUACAAUUACUUCACCGCGCCGACAGUGGGUCUACAAAAACACAAAAACAUUCCCAAGAAUUGAUAUUUCUUUGUCCUCGAAUGAAACAGUUUGCACAGAGUGUGGAAACGAAAUAACUGACCCAAGUAAGCGUCGAAAGCUGUUCAAUGUAUCAACAAAAACGAGUGCAUGUAAAAACUUAUUGAAUCUAGACAGUUGUUUUGUCUAACAAUGUGUGCCGUAAUUGUGCCGACAAGAAUAGUAAUUUAUUAGACUUAUUAUAGAAAGUUGAUUCAGUUCGCGAGCGAUUUAAUAUUAGUACUAGAAGUUAAUCUAAUUGAAAAGAAUCAGACAACUAGCUGUAACCGCGAAGCAGAGAGGCGGCGAUUGUGAUCAACGAGAAGACGUCGCCAGAGUUCAAAAUCCGGUAAAAGUACGCGUUGUUUUCUCAACAAAUGAUUUUGUAUUAAUAAUCAGUAAUCACGAGAUCAAGAAACCCAAACUAAACCCAAAACUAGUGAGAAAAUUUUAGAAUCAUUAGAUGCAUCUUCGGUACGUGACAGUAUUAAUAAAGUUUAUUUCGACACCCUGUACUUUUAAAUAUAGCCUACUCAAUGUAAUGCUUGUUUGUGUAUUUUCACAUGGUUUUUGUGUUCUACAAAAUUGUAAUUACAUUGUUUACUCUAAUUGCUUUAAUAGUACACAUUUCUUCAACAAGAAAGCCUGAGAAUAUAAUUUGUAAUACAAUAAUAAUGUAAACCGCUUCGGCAAAUCGGCAAUGUAAACAAUGACGUCACCGGUGGAUUUUUCCACCGGUGAUAUUUGGCGCCUUUCCACAGAGGAAGCGAAGCGCGCCAUAGAAGGGUCUGGAAAGGACUUUGGAAAGUCUAAAUGACUAUAUGCUGGAAGAAGAUGGCAGCGUGGAUUUGUCAGAUGACAGUGACGAUGAUAGCGGUGAAGAUGGAGAUUAAAUAUUGCAUUCAGUGAAAAGGUUGGUAUAUUUUGUGUAGAUGUGUCUGUGAUUUAAUCAGAAUUUAUCCCUUCUAUCACACUUAUGGGAGAGAUAUGAGAGGUUGACAAAUGCUGCAUUGCAAUUCCAACGAUCCCUUAAAACCUGCAUUGAUCAGCACAAAUAAUACUGUAUGAAUAUGGUGCUUACCUCCAUAAAAAUACACAUUGUUAGCACAAUGCAAGCCUACAAAUAACUUUAGUAAUAUGGGUUUAUAUGGAAUUUUUCUUUUAUCUAGAGAGGAUAUUAAAGACAAUAUCCGCCAACAGCCGAAAUUUAUUGUGUUCCUCACACUGUUGCUGUUGAGGACUUGCGUCUUUUGCCAUGAAAGUGAGCCUUUGGUGAAAGUGUCACAAGUCGGAACAAUGGUAACAAUAUCUACCAGCUACCAAAACCCAGAAUGUAGGAAAGACUUUGUCUGGAAAAGUCAGCAACUAUAAUAUUAUGCCAGGGACAAAAAUGUAUGCAGGAAUUUCCCUGUUAUCCUUUGCUAUCAUGGUAACAAGUUAUGAAGCACAUGGGACUUGCUUGCAUUUCAUAGUCUACAUAUUUUAGACAUCAACGAGUAAGUACCAUUAAUUAAAAACACUGAAAUGCACAAAUACAUUUCUUGAUAGGUGAAUAUAUUUAAAAAUAUAAAUUAUUAAAACAGGUAUAAUAUGUAAAGACAUAAUAUACUUGACCUCAAGAAUGACAAAAUUUAAAAAAAACACUUCCAACUAAUAAAUUAUCUCUUUGGCUCUUUAUUCAUUAUUAUAGAAAAACUUAUUGCCUUCAAUCCAUUUACAUUGGAAGGAAUACCAAAAGAAAAUUGUGAAACAGGCUAAAGAAGCUGGCUCUUUGGUUUUGGCAGGAGACGGUCGGCAUGACAGUAUGGGACAUUGUGCAAAAUAUUCAAAUACAAUAUUCAGCUGCACCACUUCCAUCAUUAUUCACUUUUCCCUAGUACAGAUAAAGGAAAAGUACUCUAAUAUAUUUCAAUACUUUCCAGCCAGUUAAUUAUGGGAUUGGUUGCAUGAAUCCAUUUCAUGUAUAUAUAUAUGAGUAAGACUAUGUGUUGGUUAUGUAGAGAUCUUCUAUUCCCUGAUAUUGAACACACCUUAUUCUACUUAUAGCGAAAUGAAGCAGGUAACAGUCUAGCAAUGGAAUAUUUGGCAUUCCAAAACUGUAUGGGAUUCUUGUUGGGAUGUAAGUUGUGAUGUCAACAUCAAAGCGAAUACUUUGAAGAAGGCUCGAGAAGAGUUGAAGACCGUGACCCGACCACCAAUGAACACUAUGUUGGAAAAACAACCCAAGUCUGAGGCAUUGAAGAAAAGGGAGGACAUAAGACAGAUGCAGGUUAAAGAUGUCCCUUCAAUACCAGGUAAAUUAUGGAUAAGCCUAGAAGAAUUUCUUUCAAUAUAGGUCAAAGAAAGUUUGUAUUUAUGUUUGCAUGACAAAUAAAUCUUGUUCAUGUAUAUCACUAUAGUUAAUAAUACCAUCUUGUUUCAGUGACAGAGCUUCAACAACCAACUCUAACAGUGACUUGAACAAACAAUACUUUAUCUGUUACUGUCUCUGUGCAAAAUAUAUUACAAUUAUUUUGGCAUUACAAGCCCUUUGUUCAUGACAAGGAAGUCUGUGUUACAUUAAUAGGUCUUGCACUUGUCAUUGGAAACACUCGUCCCACCCACCCCAAAGAAACAUGGGGGCAUAGAUGGGGAAUGAUGGAGGUAUUUGCUUGCAAUAAUUGCCCCCCCCCCCCACCUAUAAUUGGAGUAUUUUCUGGCAUUAGUCUACACAAAAGGCUAAUGCCCCAUAUUUCCCCGGCGUAAGGGGCAGGGAUUUUGAUGACAAGUGCAUAAUAUAGGGCUGACCAUAGGCAUAAGUUGUAAGUUUAUGAAAUGUUAAAGAUGCUGUAAAGUCCGUUCUGCGCAUCACUUCUGCUCACAACAAAGUGGGACCCGCAGAUAUAAACAUUGCCCAAAUUUUGCAUUUUUUUAACUUUUUUGAAUUGGAACGUAGAAUUUAUAUUCAUUUACAAGCAUAGCGAUUCUGUUCCUGAAACAGCGAGGAGUGGUAAUGAAAUCCACAGUUUUGGUCCAUGAAAUAGAAUACUGAACUUUAAUGUUCGUUCUAGUUUGAUAAUCAUCCGCUUGUCUUGGGUUACACAUAUGUAUUUGACUACGUGUAGUAAAUAGCGUGUUGAAUGAAGAUGGUAAAAAAUGGUUAUGAUAUAGAAACAUAAAUUUAGCGGUAUAUAAAACGUAUUUAUUUGGUAAAUAUACGUAUUUAUUUGGUAAGAAUCUGGUUCUAUCUCGACGAUCCGUGGCGAUUGGCAGCUAUAGUGUGGGCAACCGUGAUUUUCUAAUGGAACCGAGAAUCGUCAAUCGCCCAUGGCCAUGUUCAGACAUAGUUCAAACUUUGAACUUCGAGUUCUGCCAAACGUAAGAGCGACAGCAAAAGUAUUAUAUAACCUACAUUAGUCAGCGAGACAUGGCGAAAGAUAAGUUGCUUGCAUAGCAAGUUUUUUAGUAAAGAUUACAAAAAUAAAGAGUUUAAAAAAAUGCUUGGCAAAAGUUGCCGAAAAAUUCAAUAUCGCCAAAGACUAAGAUUCAAAAUAUCCGCAGGCAUUCGGCGAUUUUUGAAAAAGAAGUCGAUACCGUCAGGCUUGGGAAGAGAUCCAGUUCCUACACGGAGCAAAUUUGCAAACUUUGAUGGCUUUGGUGGUGUUGUUGAUGUUGCUGUAAGCUUUGAUGGAACGUGGGCUAAGAGAGGUUUUACAUCAUUGAUUGGAGUUGUAUUUGUCCUUUUGGAAACAGGGAAAGUUUUAACAUUGUUUAUCUAAAUCCUGUCAGAAGUUCUCCCUCAAUAAAUCUAAAUGUAACGAUGAUGCUGAAUUUGAGGAGGGGCAGGUUCAACACGUUGCAUCUGGUGAAUGUUACAUCAAUUUUGAUGGAAUGUGAAGGAGCUGUUAGUCUUGGAAUGUGAAGGAGGGUUUCGAAGGCACCAUUGUAGCCGGUAUCCUUUUUUAAAACGUUGUCGUGUCAUUCCUUCGUAUCGGACAGCCCACCGCCACCACUCUCUAGAGUGGUUGGCCCAUCUCCACACAGUGGCCUGUUUGACGAGUCAGCAGCAGACAAUAUGAUAAAAAUACCUGUUAGAAUCACUUCACGUCAGAGACCAUCACGUCAGAGACUAUCAUAUCAACUACCCAUUAAUAAUUCUUCUAGUGUUAACAAUAACUUGCAAAAUAGAAAUCUUGUUCGUGUUCCUUUGUCCAACCCUGCCUCUCCAAACGCUUCCGCACUCUCGUGGUCACUCACGUUGAAAACCACUAAUGAUACGGCCUCAGCCCAUUUAACAAAAAAGUCAGAUAACAGCCUCAGUACUCUUCCAGGUCUCAAACUGGUCCACCUAAACAUCCGCUCUCUGAAAAAUAACGCCCAUUUUUUAGAAUUACGUAAGUUUACCAAAUUUAACAAAAUUGACGUCCUUACAGUGUCAGAGACAUGGUUAAAUACCUCCGUCACAAACAAGGAAAUAGAAAUCGAAGGUUAUAAGCUACAUCGUUUAGACCGACUGCACAAGAAAGGGGGCGGGGUAUGUGCUUACAUACGAAAAGAUAUUAAAUCUCUUGUACUUAAAGACCUCAGUUAUAUCUCCGAGACGAAUUUCCAUCAAUUAUGGAUCAAAUUACAGCACAAAAAAUCUAAAUCACUGUUGGUCUGUGUCUCUUAUCGACCCCCAGACAGCCCGCUUGACUGCUUCGAAAAUAUUUUAAACCUAAUUAUGUUCAUGCUCUGACGAUGGGAAAGUUGAUCAUUCUUCUUGGAGACCUAAACUGCGAUAUGCUUAAGCCCACACCUGGAUCAGCGUCUUUGAUCAAGACGACAAAAGAACUCAACCUUAACCAGUUAAUAAAAUCACCAACAAGAAUUACUGAAUCCAGUCAGACCCUCGUCGACGUUAUUUUCGUAUCCUCGCCAAGACUAGUAGUCAAUAGCGGCGUCAUAGAAACCUGUAUCAGCGAUCAUUUCCCUGUGUAUGUAUCACUAAAACUUAAAACCGACAAAUCUCCACCAAACUAUAUCACUACCCGCAGCUACAAUAAAUACGACCCUGAUUUGUUCGCGAUCGAUCUGGCAUCCAACCGUGAUCGUCUUGUUUCCAUUCUCAGAAUGGACAAUGUUGAUGAAAAACUAACCAUUUUUAAUGAAAUAUUUUUAAAUACAUUGGAUAAACACGCCCCAGUAAAGACCAUAAAAGUACGCGGAAAAUCUUGCCCAUUUAUCACCCCGGAAAUAAAAGCAUCCAUGAUCAAAAGAGACCAACUCCACAGUCUUUUCAGGAAAACACGUGAUCAUUAUGAUUGGCUUAAUUUCAGAGAG